UGGAAAGCACCUGACUGGAAAGCACCUGAAAAAGACGGUUUGCAAUCUGCUGAGUUGCUUUUCAGCCGCGUCUUCCUGCCUUCCUCAGUUCCUGCAACUUCCUUGGCCGCCAUCCUGCAACUUGCUGCUUGCUUGAAGGCCAUGAACGCGGCACCCCAAAGAUCAGCAAAGAAAGGAACCACGGAAUAGGAGCUUGCAGAUGAAACCGGGACCGGGAGUUUUCAACGUUUUAUUUUGCGCAAGAAGAGCUUGCUUUCAUUGUCAGCUUUGUCAUGAGUUGUCCUAUCUGUCUCUCCGCGACUUGAAUAGGAUUCAAUCUGGCUCUUCAAGCCCGUAUGUAAACCCAUUGUGCUAAGUGAUGACCUGAUAGUCAAGCAAGCUGACAUCCAUGUUUAGGAUUGCAUUAGGUGCACAGUAGUCAGUUACAUAUCUGCAGCAGCUUCUGAGGAAGCAAGCCCUGUGCACAAGACUUCCCUGGUGGAAGCAAGGGUUGGCACGGAUGGGUUCCUCUGCUCAGCUUCGGCUGAUGUCGGAUCUGAAAACAAUUCAGCAAGAACCCCCGGAGGGAUGCAGCGCGAGUCCGUUGAGCGAUGACAACCUGUUCGUCUGGCAGUGCCAGAUAUUUGGCCCUGACGAGUCCCCUUGGGAGGGUGGCAUCUUCUCUCUGCGAAUGAUCUUCACGGAGCAUUACCCUGCAAAGCCCCCCCGAGUACGAUUUACAACGGACGUCUUCCACCCAAAUGUGUAUAAGGACGGCACGCUCUGCCUCGACAUCAUUCAGGAUGCCUGGAGUCCCGUGCACAAUGUUAACACGAUUCUCACUUCGAUACUGAGUCUGUUAACUGAUCCGAACCCGGCUUCCCCAGCCAACCCGGACGCUGCUCAGCUGUACCAAAAUGAUCGUGCGGCGUACAACAAAAGGGUUCGGAAAUGUGCACAGAGGUCGGUAGAAGGUUAGCGAGCUCCUCGGAUCAUUAUGCACUUGCGAAUAGGCCUUUCCGGACUGGUCUGAUUUGGCCGCGCACUGCGAUUGUUGGACUCACUUAGCGGCCACGCAUAAAAGGGGUACUGUGAGCUGCGCGCUCACUGUUUCAUGAGAGGUUAGGUGUAGAAACGGUACUCUCAGGUGACUUCGUCCGCAGGUGAACCAGCGGGAACAUUGAUGGGGUGUAGGAUAGGCAAUUGCUCUCUGAGAACUUCGAACUGUACAGCUAUGCACAUCAUGUAGAAUAAUUCGAAGUUCCUGUGAUUCAGCUAGGUUAUUCCAUCACACUGUUGCAGCAACUCACUUGUGUGCUCUGAUGAAAGGCGUCUGACCGGCCUGAUUCCGGCUGAUUACGGUGAGCACAUCCCCAUACCCGGCAGGCAAUUCGGUGCCUGCCGGCG